AUGAUUUCACGAAAAACUAGUGAAGCUGUUAACGAAAGAACUGCACUGGCAGUAAAGAAUCAUGACACCAACGAAAAAGAAAAACUGCUGGAAUGGAUGGCUUCAAACAACAAGAUUCCACAAAGAAAAAGCAUUACAAAACCUGAAAAUAUUAAAAAAAAGAAAAGUUUAAACAAAAGAAAAAAAGCAGUUCU